AUGGAUCGCUGCGACGUCGCUCUCCGGGAGCUUGAGUUUGCACAACAGGACGUUGUCGAGCCGUCCUUGCUCGGCAUCGUUGGAGGACUAAUGAAUCUUGCACGAAUCAGGCAAGUAUUCGACGCGGAUACCGUUGCUGUACUACGCUCAGCAGAUGUCAACCAAUCCGCGGAACUCAUACUCUCCCGCCCUCUGCCGCAGAGGAACCCUCAGGUAGCCUCCGCUCUGAAACACUGCGCCAAUAUCUUCGAGGUACCGUCUAAGAUGGGCAUCAUGCUCUACGCAAGGACCAAGCUUGGUACUUGGUCCCUAGAACAGACUAUGGCGGCGUACGAAUAUACCAUUUUGCUAUCGAAAUGGUUGGACAGACUUUCUUCAUCGUUGCGAGAACAUUCAGCCACAAUUUGGGAGGAAGAGAUAUAUAUCCAAGUUGAUGAACAGACACGACUUGUCUAUUUGGAUUUGGAAGAUUCAAGCGGGGAGGUCCUCACUCAAACGUCCACGGCCUUGCUCUCAGUGGCGGUGGUGCAAGUACUGGCGCAGAUGUUUGCGUGCCAGACCAACAGGCCACUGACACAAAGGCUUUCGCGAAUUCUCAAUCAAUAUGUCUCCCUGAAACAGAAUCAGAUGCUCUAA